AUGGCUGAGUUCAUUCUGAGGCAUUGGCAGAUAUGCACAGGGUUUUCUGAGUUGGGCCUGGCAUGCUCUCGGGCUCCGCUGCACUGUGGUGGUCACGAUCACUGUGUGGUGGCCAAACACCAGGUUUGCCCUCCUUUGUGUUCUUUUAUUUUUCCCUUCUCAGUGUGGGUCAUGGUCUUGCCUCAUGGCAUAACUCUCUGGGCCUGCUCUAGUUCCUGUCCCCCCAGCUGUAUGUGCACUCAGGAGAAGAGCUGCACUGUGCUCUGUGACCGUGCCAACAUGGCUGAGCUGCCCAGAGAGUUCCCCUGUGAGGCCUCCUCCAUCAACCUGGAGAAAAAUAGCCUCAAAUUUUUGUCAGAACGAGCUUUUGGAACACUUCCCUCUCUUAAGUCCCUCUUCCUGGACCACAACAACAUCUCCUUCAUCACACCAGGAGCUUUCAAAGGGCUUCCCAACCUGCUGGAGCUCACAAUGGCCCACAAUGAGUACAUCCGCUAUCUUCACACACGGACCUUCACCUCUCUCAAACGCCUUGUGCGCUUGGACCUUUCUGGCUGCAACCUCUUCAGCAUGCCCGACCGCAUCUUCCUGGAACAGACCUCCCUCAGAGAGCUAUUCUGCUUCCAGAACAAUUUCAGAUGCAUCCCAAGUGCUAUACGAGGAAUGGAGAACCUGACACACAUUUACUUGGAGCGCAAUAAGAUUGAAGCAGUAGCAUACAACUCUCUGCUGGGACUACGCAAUCUCAAGUAUCUGAACCUACAGGAGAAUCGUAUCAGUGUCAUCCAUGAGGAGGCCUUUAAGGACCUAAGACAAUUACAGAACUUUUAUCUUAAUGACAAUCUAUUGGUCGACUUGCCAAGGAAAUCUUUCAAAGGCCUCUGCCAUCUCAAGAUGUUAAAUCUGGGUGGUAACUUGCUAACCAAUAUCUCCAUCACGUGGUUUGGGGAUCUGGUGGAACUGGAGGUACUCUACUUGGACCGGAACUGCCUGUCAUUUAUUGACAAGGGUGCCUUUGAGAAUCUGACCAGCCUUGUGACACUGCAUCUCAACAGCAACAAACUGACUACUCUGCCUUUCCCAGUCUUCCAGCCCAUCUACUUCAUUGGGCAUCUUUAUUUGUUCCGCAAUCCCUGGGAGUGCAACUGUGAGCUCGAGUGGCUGAAGGAGUGGAUGGAGAACUAUAAGCUGGUGAGGGAUAUCCCAUGUGUAUCUCCUCCUUCAGUAGCUGGUCUGGAUCUGAGCAAGGUACUGUACGCACAUGUGAACGGUACUUGCAUUGACCCAGCAGAGUUUAACCUGACCACAGCUGUUCCAGAUUACAGCACCACGCAGAGCAAGUUCAACAGCCUGAUCUCCAAACUGAUGAAUCAGGAACUCAGGGAGGAGGUGAGGAACUUUACCGAGGGUCAGAGGAACGGGACUGUGCUAGAACCAGCAGAAGGUCAGGUCUCAGCUGCUCACAGGCCUUCUAGUGUUGUUUUAGUCCUGCCAUUACUGCUGCCAUUGCUGUUCCUCAUCCAAGCUCAGACAGGCUGCCUAUUAGACCUUACUAAUGCUUAAUGAAGGCCUGGCUCAGGUCUGGAGGAAGACGUUUGCCAAGAAUUUGUUUGGACUGAAAGUUGGGCAGAUGAGAGAUUAAUCCUUCCUUCAGAGGUGGAGUGUGUGAAAAGAAAGGAAAAUCCAUCGGCUACAGGACUAAAGAAGAAUUUUUUUCUUGGAGAUCUGAUAGUAUUUUAAAAACAGUACACAUAGAUGAGGACAGAGGACUGGCUGCAUUUUUUGUAAUGAAAAACACAUUGUAUAAAUGUGUUAAUUUAAAUUUAGUGAACUCAGUAUACAGUAUCUGAUCCAUUUUAAAUGUUCUGGAGCCAUUUAUUCAUGCUGUUAUAGGAAACCUAUAGAUAAUGGUUGGUGUAACAGUAAAAACUGUGACCCAUAAAUCAACUAUAUUUGCAUAAGCAUUGAUGUAAAUAUAAUUUAUGAGGUGAACAUGAGCUACAGUAUUAUUGAUGACAUACAGUUCAACACUACAAAUGGAACAUGAAUCACUUUUUGCUGUGUUGCAUCAAUUUAUGUGAGCAGGUAGUAUUUCAUUAAGCUCACUUCCUGUCAGUUAGUUUAGAAGGCAACAUUACACUCUGAUUUCUGAUUCUUACAACUGGGUGAAUGCAUUCUAGUUUAUAGUUGUUUCUAGUUUCUAGUUUUAAUAUUCAUGCACUAGUCUUCUUUCAAUGCAAGGCUAAGCUACACUAAACACUCAGCUGCUCUGUAUUCAAACCAAAUGAUUAACUUCAUCACUGCCUUGUGAUGCUCUGAUCAUAGUAAUUAUUCUAAUAAAUAAGCAAAAAAGAAAAGAUAAACCUAUUGAAAAUGCAAUACAUGUGCUUUCUAAUAUUGGGCCAUUUUGACUGUUCUCUUCAGAAAAGUGUUUCGGGUCUAAACCCAGCAAUGUGAACCUGAGUUAAUCUGCAGCUCAGUGGUGUUAGCUGUGGAAUGCAGAUUUGGAUGGAUACACAGGUCACACUGCAGUGCUGUUAUACCAUGAACUUUGCUCUGAUUUUAAAAACAUUUAAAUAGCAAUGCACUCAUUUAGCCAGAAGCACAGGUUCAUAUAAAACAGCUGGACUGGCUCGGCAGUGCCGCAUAUUUAAUUAUGAGUUGUAUCUGGACAUUAGCACCACUUUUGUUCCAGCUUACAGUGUGAGAGUGAAAGUAGUGUAGUAGUUACACUAAGUGUAGUAGUGUUACACUAAGGAAGCUCACAGCCGAGGUCUGCAUCAGGACUAGGACUGUGCAGGUCAACAAAAAAAGUCUCGGGACUUUAUCGGGAGGUCUAGCCAAUCAUUGGCUUCUGUGAGCUCACGUAUGUAGAAGCGGGUAGAUAGCGCUUUCCUCAGAGUGUUUUACACAGUCCUGUGAUGCAGAAUGAGCAGCAGUUUGAAAAGAUGCAGUUGGCUGGUUUCACGUGUCUUGGAGGAUGCAGGUUAGCCUUCAACCUCCAGGGUUGGUAGCUUUCGUAUGAUAGGGGAGAGCUGGAUUGUGGGUGGGAAUUGGCAGGUGACCAAACUGGAGAGAAUGGGGAAAAAUGUGAGUGCGUGGGAAUGCUCAGAAUUCCUUCAUGAGCAGACGGGUGAGAUUAUAAACAGUCCUGUGCACCUUCAGCCCAGAGAACUCAGUACUCUCAUUAAUGAUGAGCGUUUAUCUAAUGGAGGUACUCAGCAUGUGUUGAAGUGUAUCUUCCUGUGGGGGUGUGACAGGAUGAGAAUGACACACACA